GAACAAGGGCAGCCCAAAACGCCGCCGCAUAAGCGACACGCAGCCCGGAGAUGAGCGACAGCAUCUCCUACGCGAUCCGCGACGAGGCGAAGGACAUGGACGAGAAGGAGAACGAGUGCGUCGCGCGGGAGGCCUACGCUAAGACCGUCGACCAGCAGUACAAGUCGAAAAUCCAGCAGUACAAGCGGUCCAAGGACCUAGGACGCCAGCUAUUAGCGCGUCUCUCCGACGAGGAGGCGGACUUGCGACGGGCGGCCACGGCUUGGGUGCACAAUUUUACGCAAGCGCAGAGGCAAGCUACGUCCGCGCGAGGGCAUUGUGAAUUGCGGGCGCUGUGGUUCUCUCGUUGUAGGAAUGAGGCUCGAGCUCUCGUCGGCGAGACGGUGGAGGGCUUCUCGCGGACGUUCUUCCGCACUACACUAACGUGGUCCCUUGGUAGUGGGUGCACUCUGGAUUCGGUCUUGGACCAUAAACGAAGCGCCGUGUCGCACCACGAGGCGUAUGAGGAUGAUGUGAGUGAUGCGGCGCCGGAGGGCGACGACUGGGCGGCCGUCGCGCUGCCGGGGGCCGGGCGGCACAAGUAGGGGGUAGUUGCGUGUGGAUUAAAACGUGAGGGCGCC